AUGCCUUUGUAUGCCAAGUUCAUGAAGGAGCUUAUCAAUAAGAAGAGAAGCUGGCUUGAGAAGGAAACCAUAUUACUGACCGAGGAAUGCAGUGCUGUAAUUCAGCGGGGUAUUCCCCCAAAACUCAAGGAUCCGGGGGGCUUUGUAGUGUCAUGCACCAUUGGAAAAACAAUUCUCAACAAAGCCCUCUGUGACCUUGGUGCCAGCAUCAAUUUAAUGCCUCUCUCAAUGAUGAGAAAACUUGAUAUAGAAGAGCUUAAACCCACCAGGAUGUCAUUAGUUAUGGCUGACAGAUCCAUUAAGACACCCAAUGGAAUUGUGGAAAAUCUGUUGGUGAAGAUUGGGGAAUUUAUCUUCCCAGCAGAUUUUGUGAUUUUGGAUACCGAAGAGGAAGGAAGUGACUCAAUCAUUUUGGGGAGGCCAUUUUUAUACACAGCAAGAGCCAUCAUCGAUGUAGAAAAAGGAGAAAUGGUCUUCAGGGUCCAUAAUGAACAAAUGAUCAUAAAUGUCUUCAAGUCAAUGCAAAAUAUCCCUGAGCAAGAGGAUUAUGUAAAAGUGGAUAUGAUAGAAAGUUUGGUGGAAGAAAUGCUGGAAGAAAGUUCUCAAGAGCAAGAAGGAGACCAAAGUGCAAUAGAAGAACAAGUAGCCGAGACUUUCAUAAGCAAAGAGUUUUCUGCAAGCUCUCUAAGAAGCAUGAGUAUUGUGGUUGACAGGUUAUUAAUACCCCGAUUUCUCAUUCAGGGUCCAUUGAAUGUGUUGGCUUUUCACCAAGGUUAUGGAAGGACUCACUCCAUUGUCUCCCUUGUUCCAAUUACUGUUCCAUCAACUGUUUUUGCCAUUCCCCUUGCUGAUUCAUCCAUCUAG